ACCGCGUAAUUUUUUUUUACUUAGGGAAGUCGGUACGCCUGUGCAGUCUAUUUAAAGUCAAUAUAUUUGAGCAUGGAAAUGGCACAUAUAUAAAAUGAUAGCUUGUAGCGUAAAAUGGAACUCAAGUGGAAAUUUGCGGCAACAGAUUUCGAAUGGGCGGUCAGCCUGAAUCGGCAUAUGUUGAAAAUCGUCGGUUUGUGGCCGCCGGACAAUCGUGACGCUCGCGAGAUCGUAAAGUCCAAGCUUCGACGGCUGUACAACAUUGUCACGUUGUUUUUCAUACUGACAAUACCAAUUUUAAUGGCGCUAAUGAGGGUAUGGGGUGACAUGAUUUUAAUGGUAGAAAAUAUGCAAUACGCUCUACCGAUAUUAUGUGCAGUAUUUAAAGUCUGCAUUCUUUGGUACAAACAAAAAGGUACAGGUUGUACUAAACUGCUUUUUAUAGAUUUACUGUCCCUUAUCGACAUGAUCGAGAUAGACUGGACGAAAUCGAAGACGAAGAAGGAGCGAGACGUUAUGCUGAGACGCGCGAGAAUCACUCGCGCGAUCGUUAUGUCCGGAUGGGUCAUAACGAUUUUGACAUUAAUCAUUACUUUCGGCCUGCCGUGUUUCGGAUUAACGGCCAGGCACACGACGAACCUGACCGACUUCGGAAGACCGUUGCCGAUACAGUCGUACUACUUGUACAAUAUUUCCACGAGUCCGCGGUUCGAGCUGACACUUUUGGCUCAAGGAUUCACGAUGAUCACGACUAGUCUUUCUUAUUGCGGCUUCGACCACUUCCUGGGAUUGUUGAUUUUGCAUGUGUGCGGUCAACUGGAGAAUUUGCACUUGAGACUAAUGCACAUGGAAAUGUAUUCAAAUUUCAAUGUAGCUUUGAAAUACAACGUCCAGGAUCAUAUCCGCCUGAUCAGAUCGGUCGAGCUCAUCGAUAAUAUAUUCGGUUUAAUGCUACUUGUUAUAGUGAUUUUCUUCAGCAUAAUGUUCUGCCUACAAGGAUUUCUCCUUGUUAAUGUUGUCCAUCAAAAAAGCCAAGUAUCGCCAAUACAAUUGAUUUGGUUCGUCACAGCGCUAGUGUAUCCUUUCCUGCACAUGUUUCUUUGUUGCGUCGUUGGUGAAAUUCUCGUGACACAAUCCGAGAAAAUACAUCGCGCCACAUAUGAAUACGCAUGGUACGAUACGGAUCCGAAAGCAGCAAAGAACUUAAUAAUGAUCACGCUUCGCGCUAAUAAGACACUUUGCAUCACGGCUGGGAAAAUGUUUCCUAUGACGAUGGCAUCGUUUUGCAAUUUAUUGAAAACAUCAGCAGGUUACAUAUCUGUGUUACUUGCCAAGCAAAAUUGAUGGCAUAUUGUGAAUUCAAGAUUUAGGUGAUUCUUUAGAGACAUUAAAGUACAUAAUUGAUAAAUUGAUUUCUUAUAUA